AUGACAGCCCAAAGGGUGAACUUCCCUACGGGACGCUUCAAGUCUAGGUUUACCGCCGUCUUCGAGGUGAUCGAAAAUGACAAAGACGAGGAGACGUCUCAGCAUCGUCCCGGGACGCCCAACGUCGUGAUUGAGCAGAAGCCUGAAAAGAAGGUAAAGGUGGUGGUGCAGGAGGAAGCCGUUGAUACCUCGAAGCCGACGGAUGAUGAGAAGACCCGGGUCUUCCCCGUGGACUUUGAACGUCGGACCUUCCAUCGAGAUAAGGUGGUUUUUACCAAGGAUGCCUGGGGCCGCUCAGUCGUGAAGGUGAUGAAUCCCACACAGCGCAAACCUGACCUGUGA